UAAAAGAUUCUUCCUUGAGUGUUCUAAAGGGUCAUUCUAACUACUCUUAAUAAAAAAAAAUCUUCUAUUCAUCUUUGUUUUUUCUUUUCUUCAUGGAUGCUCAAUCCAAAUCAGACUCUUGUUCUUCUUCAAAUCUAAGAAUCAUUGUCCAAAACAACCCUUCAGAAUCCCAACUCUCUGAAUUGGGCAUAAAAUCUUGGCCUAAAUGGGCUUGUUCACCAGGGAAAUACCAAUUAAAAUUUGAUGCAGAAGAAACAUGUUAUUUGCUAAGAGGAAAAGUGAAAGUGUAUCCAAAGAACACAAUAGAGAUGUCACCAGUGGAGUUUGGUGCAGGGGAUCUUGUCAUUAUUCCGAAAGGACUUUGUUGCACUUGGGAUGUAACCCUUCCUGUUGAUAAACACUAUAAGUUUCAUUCUUCCUAAAAUCACAUUAGCUAUUAUUAUAAACUCAUAAGCUACUAUAAUUUCAUCGUGUUAUAACAAG